GAACAAUCAAGAUGUGUCAUGUGUGAAGAACAAGUGUUCAUAGCUUGUGGAUUAUGUCUUAAUUAUCUUUGUUACAAUCAUGUGAAUACAACUUGUCUUCAACACAAUCAAAUUGGAAUAAAUUCACCAGUCAACACUACUGACACCAAUAAGAAUAAAAAACGUAAGAAUGAGGAAGGUAACAACUCAAAGAAGAAAUCAUGCAAAUGUGGAGCCACCACCCAUAGUCGUAUAUCAUGCUCAAAGUGUCCUUUGAAUAAGAAGCGGCGGGCAAAGCAAGAUACCAACAAUAUUAAAUAUAAAGUUUCAUGCAUAAAGAAAAAACUUAAGCAAUUUUUAAAAAGUGAUCAAUUGCUUCCAAUUAUAAAAUCUGCAAUUUGCCGGGUCAAUGAUAUAACCUAUGAAGGUGCAAAAAUCCUAGAAUUGUUAAUCCUUGAUCAUUUCAACAAUCACAACUUGCAACAAUUACCUCAAAUUGACUCCCAAUUUAUUCGCAGAAUAUUCCAAUCAACAACAACAACACUUCAUAGUAAUGGUACUCCAUCAAAUACCAAAUGUGAUCUCAUAAACAAUAUUCGUAAUGAAUAUGCAAUCCAACGGCCAGUAGAGAUGCAAUGGACAUUAAAAAAGAGGCUUGGUCAAAUACUAAGCUUAGCAGCAUGUUCAUAUAUAGUAAACUGCCGUAAUUUUAUAUCAACAACAUUUGAAAACCGGGUCAAAUCAUGGUUAAAAUAUAAACUUCGUGAUCUUCACAAUAUCAAAAUAAACCAAAUCACAGAUCAUCUUUGGCAUUUACUCACCAUACACCAUCAAGGCCUGGCAACUAUCCCACAAUCAACAAUAAAACACCACCACAUACCUAUUUAUUCUGCUGUUCGCAUCCAUCACAUAUUUAACAAAAUCCGCCGGGUAGUUGGAGGUCUUCUUCUUACAAAAGAAGAAAUGGAUGCUCUAUAUGACAUUAUUUCUGAAGCUGGUCUGAAUAAUGGUAUGGACAAGACACAAUUUGGUGAUGAAGCAUUAGUUCAAUGGACACGUUUUUUCAAAGUUGAACAAUUUGGUGAUAAUUUUGGCUGCUAUAUUGAAACAGAUGGGGUUUCUGUUAGUAUAAAUAUAAAAAAACCAAUUCAUAAUAAUGACAAUGACAACAGCAAUAAAGACUUUUGGAAUUUAGAUCUAACUGGAAAAAAGGUUGUUGGUUUAGACCCAGGAAGGCGUGACCUUUUUGUUUCAGCUGACACUAAUGACAAUACAGCCAAAUGCUCAACCAAAGAAUAUUAUUAUUUAGCUAAUUUUACCAGAAACAGGAAGAAACGACAAAAAUGGUUUGAUAAGAACCGAGGUAUCAAAUCUUUAAUUCACCAAAUUCCUACUUCAAAAACAUCAUCAAAAGAUAACUUUAAGAAUCAUUUACAAUUUAUACUCUCUAAUUAUCAAACCUUUAAAGAGUUCUUUGGUGCCAGCCGUUUUUGUUCUUUAAAAUUUGACAAUUAUUGUGGAAAGCAGUCAGCCCUUUCUGUUCUUGCUUGUCGUAUCACUGGAAAUCCACGUAAUGUUUUUGAUCCUGGUGUUGUUGUUGCAUUUGGUAGUGGAGGAUUUUCAUCAUCAUCAAAAUAUCAUGCAUCAGGUCCUAAGAAAGCUUUAUAUCAGAAAUGUCGUCGCAGUUGCCUGACAUUUUUAAUAAAUGAAGCCUAUACAAGUCAGGAUCAAGUGGGAGAUGAUGCUAUUAACCUUAGUUUUGAGUAG